AUGUGCCACCGCACUACAUGUCCAAAUGACGGCAAGCCCACUUGGUGGGGCUGUGGCCACCACAUCGAACAGCCACUCAUGAUGACUCUCGACUUGCGUGGUGUCAUCGGUGGUCUGCCUUUGCUCCUAUUAUCUUCAUGUGACGAAGCCAGAGACGCUGCAGUGCAUCAACAACGUACUGAUACCCACACCCUCAAGGCCUUGGCCGGCGUUCCCGAGGAAGAGCGAUGCCAGUGCGAACACGUGGCCAUCCCCGGUGUCAAGGUGCUGUACAAGGUCAAGGCAAACGACGAGGCUGCAGCUCAGCAGUGGUGGCCCAAGCGAUGGCUUGGGUGGGCGCCCGAUACGCCGGCGGAGUCCGGUCUCGGUCGUCCUAAAGGGGCAGACGCUGUAAUAUGA